AUGUCAGGUGAAGUGAAACUCUUUGUUGUGGUAAUUUAUCUCCGUGCAAAUUUGACUGCUGAAAGACAUAUCAUUGCUCAGCCUGGUGCAGAUAGGAAGGUAUUCAUUGCCCAGAAAGAUUUUGACCUUACAAAGGCCAAUGAGGCAGUCACAUUCCUUUGUGAGAUGUACAGCCUCAAGCAGGAGCUUGACAAUUUAGGGGGCAUACUUGAUCCAAAGAACAAGAAAUGCCUUGGUGGUAUCAAGGUUGCCACUUCCGAGGUGAUUUCUCUUACGUCACAGGCUCAGAACAACAAAACACUGAUAAUGACAUUGACCUCAGUCUCUGAAGAUCAUUGUGAAGCCAGUGGCGCUCAGGAUGAUCUCAGGAUCUUUGAUGUAGAUGAUAUUCAAGGUAUUUUGAGAAAAAUGCAUUACAAGAUGUCAUUCAUUGUGUUUGGGUAUCCAUUCCUCGCCUUGGUGUCAAAUGUUGAGGAUGAUUCUCAACAAGGAUAUCUCAAGUUCGUGAAAGAGGGGCAACAGGAGAUCGAGAUCUUGUGA